AUGCAGCCCGCCCCGGACGAGGCGCGCAGGGAUGCGGCCCAGGACGCCCUGUGGUCCAGGCCUGAGUGCCAGGCGUGGACAAGGACACUGCUGCUGGGUACAUGCCUGCUGUACUGCGCCCGCGUGAGCAUGUCGGUGUGCACCGUGUCCAUGAGCCAGGACUUCGGCUGGAGCCGAAAGGAGGCAGGCAUCGCCCUGAGCAGCUUCUUCUGGGGCUACUGCCUGACGCAGGUGGUGGGCGGCCACCUUGGGGACCGGAUUGGAGGCGAGAAGGUCAUCCUGCUGUCAGCCUCCGCCUGGGGCCUCAUCACGGCCGCCACCCCGCUGUUAGGCCGCCUUGGCACUGCCCAUCUGACCUUCAUGACCUGCUCGCGGGUCCUCACGGGCCUGCUCCAAGGUGUCUACUUCCCGGCCCUGACCAGCCUGCUGUCACAGAAGGUGGGGGACAGUGAGCGGGCCUUCACAUACAGCACCGUGGGCACCGGCUCCCAGGUUGGAACGCUGCUGACUGGGGGCGUGGGCUCCCUGCUCCUGGACUGCUGUGGCUGGCCAAGCGUCUUCUACGCCUCUGGUGGGUUCACCUUGCUCUGGGUGUAUUACGUGCACAGGUACCUGCUGAAUGAAAAAGAUCUCAUGAUGGCCCUGGGCGCAUUGAUGCAAGGCCUGUCUGUUUCCAGACACACCAAAGUCCGCCGGGGACAGCUGUUCCGGAAGUCGGCAGUGUGGGCGGCUGUCUUCUCUCAGCUCUCCUCCGCCUGCACCUUCUUCACCCUGCUGUCCUGGCUGCCCACCUUCUUCAGGGAGACCUUCCCUAACUCCAAGGGCUGGGUCUUCAACGUGGUGCCUUGGCUGGUUUCCAUCCCUGCCAGUCUGUUGAGUGGGUUUCUCUCAGAUCACCUCAUCAGUCAUGGUUACCGGACCAUCGUGGUACGGAAAUUCAUGCAGGCCAUGGGCCUCGGCCUGUCCAGUGUUUUCGCCCUGUGUCUGGGUCACACCUCCAGCUUCUGUAAGUCCAUGGUCUUCGCCUCAGUCUCCAUUGGUCUCCAGACCUUCAACCAUAGCGGCAUCUCUGUCAACUUCCAAGAUCUGGCUCCAUCCUGCGCCGGCUUCCUGUUUGGUGUGGCCAACACAGCAGGGGCCUUGGCAGGUGUGGUCGGUGUGUGUCUGGGGGGCUACCUGAUCGAGACCACGGGCUCCUGGACCUCUCUCUUCUACCUGGUGGCCGUUGUCAGCAACCUGGGGCUGUGCACUUUCCUGGUGUUCGGGAAGGCCCAGCGGGUGGACCUGAGCCCCGCCCGUGAGGACCUCUAA